AUGUCCCAGUCUAUCCGAUAUCAGUUCCUCCCCGGGCCCGUUGGGGAAAUGCUGCGCUCCGCAUCUCUAGCAACCACAGCAUCUAUUCCCCUAACGGGCCGCUUGGUUAUCACCACCGGCCAUGUCGGCCUGAAUCUCGAGACGGGAGAAUUCGUCACCAGUUCUCUCGAGGAUGAGUUCAAUGCCGUCUUCAACUGCCUCGACGCUGCCCUCAAGAAUGGUGGAGUGAGGGGCGGCCUCGCUUCAGCACACAAGAUCGUUGCGUAUCUUCUUCGUGCCGAGGACGAAGCAGUCAUGCUGGCCGUCUUUCGCCAGCGCUGUCCGGGCCAUACGCCGACCUGGUCAUCCGUGGUCGUUGCUGGCAUGAUCAACCCCGGGGUCAAUGCGGAGGUGCAGGCCGAGGCGAUUGCCGCCGAGUAG